CGUCUUCUCUAAAGGAUCUCUCGCUGGAUUCUUGUUUGUACUUUGUUAUUGUUGUUGUUCCGUAAUAAUACACGGGGCAAUAGUGCUUACCCCGGAGUUCAAGCGUGAAGGACCUCUUCAACCUGAGCGCGGUAGGUGCGACAUCUGAACUAGGAUCUACUGAGAAGACACCGAAGGAAGAACAGUGCACGUUUGAUCAUGGCGCCUAGUUCUGCGCUCGGUUGUUUUGUGAUAUGUUUAGUUUACGUGGCAAGUGUUAGAGCAAAUUAUGUUGGCCGUAGCCUUGGCCCCCUGUCUCAGUUUCAUCAUGGCGUAAGAGGCGAAGUGUUUGCCGUGGAUUCCAGAACCAUAUUCAUCAAGGGCUUUAACUACGACGGAGAAGGACCCGCCGCUUACUUCUACGCCGGCACUUCGAAGGCGCCCGGAUCGAACGGCUUCCGUUUGCGGGAUGAGCGCGGUAGUACCGGCGUGUUGCGUCGUUACCGCGACAAAGACAUCACGCUUUCGCUACCAGAGGGACAGACGCUUAACUCCAUACGCUGGUUUUCUGUUUGGUGCGAUGAAUUUGCCGUCAAUUUUGGCGAUGUUCGCAUACCAAAAGGAUUUGAAUUCCCGAAGCCACAGAAGAUCUCUGGACUAUCCGGAGUCCAUGGAGUUUCCUCUGACAACAUUGUUAUUGUGGACGCUCAGACUCUACUUGUACCUAACUUUAGCUACGAUGGUGAAGCACCCGAUGCAAAGUUUUGGGUAGGCCGUGGACCAAAACCGUCUCCAAAUGGCAUUCGCAUUCCUGACGAAAAUGGCAAAGAAGUCCCAUUGCGGAAAUACGAUCGCAAAACGAUCGUUUUAACUUUACCUGGAGAAUUAACAGUUUUCGACAUUGGGCAUUUCGGUGUGUGGUGUGAAGCCUUUACCGUGGACUUCGGACACGUACAGAUUCCUUCUCAAAUGAAUGUUCCUCCGUCACUUAAAAUGCUGGGUGUCAGUCCUCAAAAAAGUCUGCAUCAUUUUUCGCCAUCAAACUUCGAAAACGCCAACGACCACCAUCGUCACCAUAAUUCGCGCGCACAGCCACAAAUCGACUAUCAAUCGCAUUCGCAAACACAGUUCAACAAUAAUAAUGCAUUUGACGCCAACGUAAAACCGACCACAUUUCGUCCGCCAAUUCACAAUCAGUUCAGUCGCAUCGCGCAAUCAGUUCAGCCGAUCCAAUCACAAAUAUCGCAACACAAUCAAUUCGAUCGAAACAAUCGCGCAUUGGAUAUAGGACGGACCAAUGUUCAGAUAUUGCAGUCGGUCGAAUCGACCUUAGACCGCAGGCUGGAUAACAACCCACAACAAUAUUUUAACUAUCAAUCGCAGCAGCGAGAUCAGCACCUUGUUCAACAACCUCACUCUUUUUUCCCACAACCAUUCAAUCAGCAGCAGCAGUAUCAACCUUUCCAGCAGCAGCGUCAGUACCAAACACAGCAGCAAUUCUUUCAGCACAAUAAUAAUCCAAAUUAUCAACUGCAACAGCAGCAGCAGCAGCCGCAGCCGCAACAAGGCGUGCAGCAUUUCCAACAGCACCAUCACAUUUUCCAACAACCAUUCCAUGCACAAUAUAAUCAACAACAUCUCAAUAAUCAACUCGCACAAAACAUUCAAUACCAACAGCAGUACAAUCAACAACAACAAACAGGAAACAACUACAACGAUUAUAGAUUUAACCUAGGGCGUUAAUGCUCUGACGAAUCAUCUACAGAUCGUGUCAUUGCCAGUUUUUGUAUCUCGACAAAUUAACUAUUUAUUGUAGCAUUCUAAUAAUUUAAAAAUUUAGUUUGUAAAUAACAUAAUUCAUAAAAAUCACUGCUUUGCAUUUAAUAGUUGAGUGGGUGGGAAAGUAAUUAUUGAAUUACUAUAAAACAAUUGUGAUCUUACAAUUAGUGCACAUGUAUAUGUAUAGAAACGUAACUAAAAGUAGACAUGAUUGAUUGCAGUAUUAACGAAGGUUGUUUAAGAGAAGCCAUUAGUAAUUACAAAUAAUUUGUGAUAGAAAUUGAAAAUCUUGCAGUAUUUUAUUUAUUAUCAUGAAUAUUAUUGAUUUAAUUUUAUCUUUGUCUUGGAAUAAAUAUAUUGUCUGUAUACGCAAUAGUGCUGUGUGCAUCUUCAGGAAGAAGACUCCGCCGAGUCACAGAGAAAGUAUUACAUCAGACAUAUCCGCGUAGGGUAAUAAUUAUACCACCGUACAGCACAGCUGCGUACAUAUUAGUAUGUUUUCCGAGUAUUUAUGGAUAUGCGCAUUCAUAUGGCCAGGAAAGAUCAAGCAAAUAAUUAGUUUUAUAUAAGAUAUAAAUGCCAAGCUAAGACGCUUGGGCAUAAUUUUCUUCCAUAGUUUUGGUGACCGGUAAAAUGCUUGCGUAAAUUUUCGAUUGAUAACAGCUAGUGAGCUGACGAGUUAUUGUCUUGAUUUAAAAAUUUACGUUGGCGUCAAUUAUGUCACAGAAACAUGGUCGGAGGAUUAUUGAAUGGUGUUUUAUAAUAAUCUCACAAUAAUCGUGUGUUUAUAAUUAGCAUGCGGAAUGGUUUUUAAUAACAUGAAGUGAUUGCCUAAAGAAAAAUAAAAACAAAUGCACAGAAAAUUCAAAGAAAUGUGUUGUCUCCUUUUUGCAGAAAACUUAAUGAUAGCUUCUUGAUAGUUAUUGUACUCACGAUCAGUCACACACGAAUUGCUCAACAUGGACUCAACAUUAAUAGUGCUUCAAAUUCGAAGAUCUUCUCUUCCGCGUAAAAUUAGUGUGUCGAUUUACUGAAUGGAAUAAGCUAUUAUAUAAGCACAUAAACAGCCAUUACAUUACACAAUAUAUUUUGAAUCAU